AUUAUGAGCUAAUGAGAUAACAACUAGCUCGGCGGACGAAGCUAUCUAUCUAUUUGUUGAUAGUUUAAAAUUUUAAACAAUUUUUUAUAUCAAAGUUCAAAAGUUUCCUCCUUGCCACACUUCUUCAAUUCUAAUUGUUAUGUGUGAAGACUGAAGGAAAAUGGCCACUACUGAUGUUGUAGUUCAAAAGGCCUUGUAUUUUUGUUUAGUCCCAAUUCUGCUGAUAUUUCUUAUGUUUAUGUUCAUUCAGAAAUUUGGAAGUUCACUCAAAGAAAGACUGAUAAGUGCUUUCUGGAAUCGUGCAAUGGUCAAAUAUCACACUGCUAUGCAAGACAUAAAGAAAAUUCAUUUCCAUUCCAUGAAUUACCACAAAUCAGCUGAUCUGUAUUUAAGAAACAGAGGCCUUUUGAGAAUACUAGAAAUCGGGGCUGGUUCUGGUGCCAAUUUUGAAUUUUUCCCCCCAAAUUCCAAGUUAACUGUUGUUGAGCCAAAUGCAUUUUUUGAACCCCUUUUUUACAAGAGGCAAAGCAAAAGUGACAUAAAGAUGGAGAAAUUUAUUCUUACCAAUGCUGAAGACAUGAAAGAAGUGGAAGACAACAGUAUGGAUGUUGUUGUUUCUACUUUGGUGCUGUGCUCAGUUAGAAAUGUCAAACAAACACUUAAAGAAGUUCAUCGUGUCCUCGCACCCGGUGGUAAAUUCUACUAUUGGGAACAUGUUCACGACGUACCUGGAACUUGGCUUCAUUUUCUUCAAAAUCUGUUGACUUACACAAUCUGGGACUUGUGUUUUGGAUGUCACUUGAACCGAAACAUCGAUCACCUGGUAGCAGAAGACAAAACUUUGUUUUCACACAUCGAUCAAAAGCGUUUCGAUAUCCCCUUGAAAAAGUCGUUGAUAUGGAAACUUGUUCGUGUUCACGUCAUGGGAGUCGCCACAAAAUAGUCAUAUUUCUAUCAAAAUUAAAAAAUUGUUUUACGAUGCAUACGGUUUAUCAUUUGCUUAAAAUUCUUAUCUUGGUUAAUAAACAGAGUGACGAGGAA